AUGUCGGCUCCCUCACAGGCAGACAUCCUUGCCGCCCUCCAGUCCCAGGGUUCGCUGCGCGCCAAGAACCCGCCCAAGACUGUCCCGCACGCCCACCUUGCGUCCUCGGCUCCCGACUCGCUCACCAACACCGCCGCCGAGGGUUCUUCAUCGUCGACUCGUACCAACUCGCGCAAGCUCUAUUGCCCUCGUGAGGGCUGCUCGUGUGUCAUUAUCGGUCCUGGCGCCGCCGAAUGGAUCGAGGCCGAUGCCAGCUUGAUCCCCGCCGAGGAAGGUUCGCCGUUCACCAACGACAAGAUUACCCCUUCGCGUGGCUACUGGUUCGUCACUGGAUCUCCCUUUGCCUUUGACAACAUUGGCUUCUCGCGCGCCGUCGAGGUUGCCGAAGCUCUCCCCGCGUCUGCUCCAGGUGUGGAAGGUGCCACUGGACGCGUGAAAUGGCUCAUUUGCGCCGAAUGCGAUCUGGGACCUCUGGGAUGGAGCUUUGAGGGUGGCAAGGAAGCUUGGCUUGCGGUUGACAGGCUGCGGUACGAGGACAAGUAG